GAGCCCCCCGCUGCGCCUGCUGCCCCUCGGCCGGCCGUGAAAUGCUCCAGGAGAAAAGCCUGUCUGAAACCGAGGAAGGGUUUCCAACAGCCCCCGCGCCCGGCCAUGCGGACACCUCCGCCGGCUCCCCCGUCCUCGGCGUAGCCGGGGGGAGCAGCACGCCGCUCAGCAGCCCGCAGCUCCCCGACCCCGAGCAGACAAUAGAAAAUAUUAAAGUCUAUCUCCAUGAGAAGGAGCUAUGGAAGAAAUUUCAUGAAGCUGGUACGGAAAUGAUAAUAACCAAAGCAGGCAGGAGGAUGUUUCCCAGUUACAAGGUCAAAGUGACUGGCAUGAACCCCAAGACCAAGUACAUUCUGUUGAUCGACAUCGUCCCGGCCGACGACCACCGGUACAAAUUCUGUGACAACAAAUGGAUGGUGGCUGGGAAGGCCGAGCCAGCCAUGCCAGGCCGGCUGUACGUGCACCCCGACUCCCCGGCCACAGGAGCCCACUGGAUGAGGCAGCUGGUGUCCUUCCAGAAGCUCAAACUCACCAACAACCACCUGGAUCCCUUUGGACAUAUCAUCCUCAACUCCAUGCACAAGUACCAGCCCCGGCUGCACAUCGUCAAGGCGGACGAGAACAACGCCUUCGGCUCCAAGAACACGGCUUUCUGCACCCACGUCUUCCCUGAGACCUCCUUCAUUUCUGUCACCUCCUACCAGAACCACAAGAUAACCCAGCUGAAAAUUGAAAACAACCCCUUUGCCAAGGGCUUCCGGGGCAGCGACGACAGCGACCUGCGCGUGGCUCGGCUCCAGAGCAAAGAAUAUCCAGUAAUUUCCAAAAGCAUCAUGAGGCAGAGGUUGGUGUCCAGUCAUGGCCAGCUGUCAGCAAAGCCAGAUGUUAACCCACUCCAUGGGAAUCACCAGACCCUUCAGCAUUAUCAGUAUGAGAAUGGUGCUCACAUGCAGUUUGCAGCUUCAGAUACUCAAGAUCUGCCACUCAACACCUUCACAGCACAGAGAGAUUCAGGGCUCUUCUACCAUUGUCUAAAAAGAAGAGAAAGCGCUCGGCACCUGGACCUGCCCUGCAAGCGCUCCUACCUGGACGCCUCGUCCUCGGUGGGGGACGAUCACUAUUUCCGCUCGCCGCCGCCCUACGAGCAGCCGAUGCUGAGCCCGUCCUACUGCGGCGAGGUGGCCCCGCGGGAGGCCUGCAUGUACUCUGCCUCCGGCGCCGACAUCGCCGCCGUCCCGGCCGUGGACGAGCUGCCGCCGCCGCCGCCGCCGCCGCUCAGCUGCAACAUGUGGACUUCAGUCGCACCUUACACCGGCUACAGCGUGCAGCCCAUGGACACCGUGCCCUACCAGCCCUUCCCCGCUCACUUCCCCGCCGCCCCCAUGAUGCCGCGGCUCCCGGCCAUGGCGGGGCAGGGCUCGCAGGCCGCGGGCGGCGGCCCCUUCAGCGUCUACAACCAGCUGGGCGCGGCCGCGGGCCGGGAGCGCGGCGCCGCCGCCCCCCCCGCCGCCUUCCCCCGCGAGCGGGGCCACCCGGCCGUGGGCGAGAGGAAAGCGCCCUCCCCGCACCUGAACGCGGCCAACGAGUUCCUGUACUCGCAGGGCUUCUCGCUGUCCCGGGAGUCGUCGCUGCAGUAUCAUUCAGGGAUGGAGAACUGGACUGACGGGUGACCCCGCGCCGCAGCCGCGCUCCUGCUCCAGCACAGCGCGCUCAGUGUCGAUACCUGUGGGGAACUUGCACUUCGGUGAGACACGUGUGCAUUUCCAGAGGGAUUCGUGUGGGUGAAGAGCUCGUAUCUUCAGGCACACAGAGAAUUCCACCUCCUGGCUCAGUGGGCUGGAUUCAUCAGGCUCUUAGUGACUCCCAAAUCAAUUCAUCCCCGUGUCUUCGUCCACUAGAAACCAUCUUCAUGACUAACGAGUGACGUAGCUAGUCAUGUUCUUUUGCUUGUAACGCUAAACAUCCGUGAGCGAAUUUUGGCUAUUUGGGAAAAAAUACGAGCUUCGCUUUUACGGUCCUUGGCCUGGUGAAGCCGCAAGCUCCCAAAGCUCCCGAAGGAAAAGGCCAUUCGAGGGCUGCCGGCUGCCGUGGCAGCGCUUCUCCAUCGCCGCGGGUCCGCGGGGAUUCCCGGUUCCGCGGGGCGCGGGGGAGCCGCGGGGGCGCGCAGGGGAGGCAGCGAUGCACAAACGUCUCUCCUGGCCCCCACACCAACACCGGCCCUGGCUGUGGGAAGCGAAGAAGUGAAGAGUUAAGUCCGAGGCCAAACAGCGAAUUAAUUGCAGCGUUAGGAGCAGACCCAGUGUCUUCAGACUGCCGUCCCUUGAUUGAAUCACAUUUGCUUAUUGCAAUAUAUUUAUGAAGUUUAAGCUUAAAAGUCGCUGAUACUUCCCAGAACCAAUUUCUGUAUUUGCCGGUCCUUGAUUUCUUUCGUAUUCAGCUGAAACGUGCCUUUUGUGCUAUGUUCUUUUCUUUUGCAGCUAACUCAGACAGAAUUGUUUUCAGCCUAAAGGAGGCCUAGAGGAAUAUUUUAGGAAUAUUUUCCUGGUGGUGGGGUGGGGAGCGAAGAGCUCCCAUGACCCGUCAGGCUUUACAGUGUACAAAUGUUUGUAGAACAGGUAAAAUCUGUAACCAGUGUAUUCAUUGCUCCUUUUGUUGCUGUGGAAGUGCCCAGGGCCGAUUCCUCUGCCCUCUGCAGUGUCCCUGUGAGUUGCCGUGGGGGGAUCGGAUCAGGGUGGAUUUGGUGAUCCUGGGGGUCUUUUCCAGCCUCAGUGGUUCUGGGAGGAUGCUGACACUCCUGGCGAGGCACAGGAAUUCCUUCUGGGCCAAAACUCCCUCUGCCCUCACCCAGAGAGCUGCUGUCCCCUGCAGUGUCCAUCCUGCUGAGCCGCCACCAAGGGAGGUGACACCGUGGGGACGCUGGAGUUCGGUUCCACUGAAGAGCACAAUAUUCAAGCUUUAGUCAUGGCACAGUGGGGGCUUUUAUUUCCUCCCAUUGCUUCCCAAACGGGCAAAGGCAAAAAGCUGAAAUGCAGGUUUGGCAGUGGGGAGGAGCUUCUGUGUUUUGGUGAGUCCAUCCCGAGGAGGAUUGGCUGUGACACAGCCCCGAGGUCACAUUCUAACCAGGACAGUCCCCUGCACCCACUCAGCAGAAUUCGUGUGUGACUGGUGAGGAUUUUGUAACCAGAUUUUGGAAAUCACUACAAUUUUUGCAUGCUGAAUAGCUAUUU